AUGGCGAUCUUGGCCUAUCUUUGUAAUAAGUAUGCCUCAGAGCCCCGAGAGCCCGAAGAGCCCCAAGUGUCCCAAGUGUCCCAAGUGCCCCAAGAGCCCCAAGAGCCCCAAGGCCCUCGAAGACAAAUUAUCGGUUAUCGAAUGGUUCGACCGGAAGAAGCCGCGGCUAUCAACACUCUUCACAGGCCUUUUAGAGAUGAAGCAUUCGAUGAGCAACACGCACGCUACAAUCAAUUAGGGAGUGGCUUUUCCAUGUCACAAGCGCCUGCUGGCUGGUUGACUACUCGUCGUUCCGCGUGGCAAUGUGUUAUCGAAGCGGAUAGUGAAAAGAUCAAAAAAGCCCAAAAAAUAUGGAUCCCAGAAUCUUACUCGGAAACUACGGAAGGUGGUGAGACUAAGACAACGAAAUUGUGGGAUUACUGGGUUUCAAACGACGACGCUAUUCUAAAGUAUAUCGAGUCAAUGAAUGUGCCGGAGCCGGAGAAAGCAAUACGCUUUGCAAUCGCUCGAGACGCCCCUGAUGUGCUGCAGAUGGUUAUUCCAACUAAAGUAAUAAAUGACAAUGAGUUGGAUUUCUCGGCUGCAUGCUGGAAAACAAAAAGGGAGCUACUACAACAUGCGAAGGAAGUCGUUGAUUGGAAAAGUUGGGAUAUUGCUGGAAGUCCCACCCCAGUGGAUGAUAAACCGAGCGGUUCCUCCUCUCAAUAG